GGCUGAGAUUCGUUGUCCGAUCAGAACCUGCAAGGUCUUUAACAGCACUUCUACAAAAGGCGCCCUAGCAUUUGAACCCACUCUGUUACCGCCGGUCCUGCGACCAGCAGCAAGGCUUCAAAGCUCUCGACAAUGGCGUCUCUGUAUUUGCCUUUUCUCUCAUCAGAGAAUCUCAAUCUGCUGCUUCUUCCUGCAGCCGUAGCUCCGCUGUCCUAGAAAGCGAUCGCUGUUGUCUUCUUGUUGGAAACCGGUAGAAAAUCGCUGACAUUUCCCAGCUACAAGUCGCUUUCUGCUGGAGUUUUAAGAAAUUGCUUUGAUUUUGCGAGCAUUGAAGGUGAUUUUUAAAGCUCUGCUCUCAGCGUGGUCUCUGAGAGCUUUUAGUAAGAGAUCUUUGAGUUUUUUUGUUGUAUUUUUUCAUGAAAAUUUAGUUCUGUAAAGCGUUCGGAAUAAACGUUAGAGAUUCUGAUGUUUUUAUGUGAGAAAUCUGUAGAAGUCUCAGCUUCUUGAAUUUUCCAAGCUCUGGAAAUGGCGAUUCUAUAAAUAGCUCUUGGUUUUUAUGCUUUUCCUGAAACCGAUGGCCGAUUUUCUCCAAAACUCGUCCAAGAGCAGAUUCCAGACUGCGAUCUGGACCGUUAAGCUCGGAUUCCUCGCAAUCGGGAUCAUUUCAACCUUCCUCUUGCUGAAGCUUGCUAUCCCAUACUCUUUCAACCUCUUCCUUUCCGCUCUUCCGCGCGUAUGGAUCUCUUUCCGUAGCUGGCUCUCUCCUCCUUAUCUCUACAUCAUCGUGAACUUUAUCAUCAUCAGCAUUGCCGCGUCUUCGAGCUUCCAACAGAAGCACUCCGAGAAGAAAAUCGAAGAUGGAGAAGAAGAAACAGAUAACCUCCAGCUGCAGAAUCAGAAGCAGAAACAGAGAGAUUCCGAUGCUUCGUCUCGCCUAGAGACGACUCCGACGACGACGGAUAUCUGGUCUGAGAUCUCCUCCCUAACUGCUUCCAGCGAAAAUCCGCCGGAAUCUGACGAAAAACCGUCAGCCCUAGCCGUCGAAUCCUCGCCAGAACUCUGGUCUGAUAUCACGUGCCUGUCGGAUUCCUUUGCGGAAUCUCCGUCUCCCGCCGUCAAGAAAACCGUCAGAUCGUUGACGGCGAACCAGCUGAAGAGCGUCGCGCCGUCCGAACCGGACGACACGCUGGAUGCCACGUGGAAGGCGAUCACAGAAGGACGGGGAGCGCGGCAGCUGAAGAAGAGCGAAACAUGGGAUGCACCCCCACGCGUGGAAGCCGAGCCGGAGCCGGAGCCAGUGGCGGCUCGGCGCGAGCUGAAGAAGUCUGAGACGUUCAAUGACGAGUCCUCCUCAGCCUCUUCGAGGGGGGGCGAGCCCGGGAUGACGAGAGAGAUGUCGUCGCUGAGUCACGACGAGUUGAAUCGGCGAGUCGAGGCCUUUAUCCAGAAGUUUCGGCUGCAGAGGCAAGAUUCUUACAGACAAUCCAUGCAGAAGAUGAAUCGAGUAUAUUAGAGAGACUUCAGAUUCUUUCUGUUCUCCCUUUCAUCGCUCUCUCUUUAACAGACGGUGAAGAUCAAACGACCGAUUUCGCAGGUAGAUUUCCUAUUGCCUAUUUCCUAUUCUCGAGUAAUUCACCGAGUCCAUUGUUUUGGGGACUCGCCAAUGAACGGUCCUGAUUAGUUUGUGUCAUUAGAUGGUCUACAAGGAUUUCUUAAUAGAAGAUUUAUGACUCCUUUUACUGUA